AGAACAUUCACAGCACAGUCUCGAGCUGUGGGAGGGAAGAACAUAAAGAAGAAGAGGAGGAAAAGUAGGGGGUGGUCUCUGCAACCUCUGGAGUCUCAUUCAGCGCCACUCGCUUCUGGACAGCGUCUGAGCGGCGGAGUUGAUCGAGAGACGGGAGAUUUGUUCGAGCUUCGAGUCUGGGAGUUAACGUCGCAUCUGCGCCUUAUUUCCCCCACAUCUAACAGUUGACGCGUGCAUUUUCACCCCCCAUAUCUGUCUUCUUUUGAGUCUUUAUCCGUGUGGCGCGUUUGGCAAGCAGCGUUCAAACAGCAGGGGAGUCCAGAGCUGACUGGAGCUUUACGCUGAAAAUAAAGGCGCAGGAAGGAAAAGAAACCAAACUGGACGAGAUCAGUGACCGCAGAAGUUCUCCUCCUCCACUUUAAGCUCACUUGCAUCGGAAGGAUUAAAAGGAGACGGCUGUGAAGCCCACUGGCUCGUCCUGCGACUUUCAGGCUGCUCAAUACACAGAGGGGAAGGCUAAACGUACCUGCGUGAUUCUCGAGAACCAAAGAAGAGAGGCAAGCUUCCUACCUUUGUUCUUGGCGUAUGAGAGUGCUCUCUGUGGACCCUGCCUCAGCACACUCUGUACUGUUUAGUUACUGCAUGUAUCCACCACUCUCAGGUGUAGGAAAAGGGAAAGAAAGGAUAAGAGAUAAAGAGACCUUCGCUGCAUAAUUAGUGUUACUGAGUUUGUGUCAGAGCUUGAAACCAUGAGAAGAGACUUCUGAAGACAACACCGCUUGGCAAAAAUACUGCAGCUAACCUUCAGGACAUUUGCAUGUGUGUGUGUGUGUGGGUAUAUUUGUACACACCUCUUUCAUUUUCAAAGGACCUGAAUUUGUGUUUGGAUGCGGAUUUAGCUUUUCAUUAUGACUCUGCGAGCAGGCUUUGAGAGAGCGUGGACUGGCUGCCACAGAGGUGUCCGCUGCUGGGGAUUGCUGCUGGCUUGUUAUUUCUUGAUUGCCCUGGCAGCCAAACCCAAAAUGCCAGGCCACACGCACCUCAAUUCAAUACGCAUCGAUGGGGACAUAUCUCUGGGAGGGCUGUUCCCGGUGCAUGCAAGGGGGAACGACGGCAAAGCCUGUGGGGAGCUGAAGAAGGAGAAAGGGAUCCACAGGCUGGAAGCCAUGUUGUUUGCCUUGGACCGUAUCAAUAAUGAUAAUGAGCUGCUGCCUAAUAUCACUCUCGGGGCACGCAUACUGGACACCUGCUCCCGGGACACCCAUGCUCUGGAACAGUCGCUGACAUUUGUCCAGGCAUUGAUUGAGAAGGACUCAACUGAUGUCAAGUGUCUGAGCGGAGGGCCGCCUAUCAUCACAAAGCCAGAGCGAGUGGUGGGAGUGAUUGGUGCAUCGGCGAGCUCCGUGUCAAUCAUGGUUGCCAACAUUUUGCGGCUCUUCAAGAUCCCUCAGGUGAGCUACGCCUCCACGGCUCCGGAGCUGAGCGACAACUCCCGCUAUGACUUCUUCUCCCGCGUGGUCCCCCCAGACACCUACCAGGCACAGGCCAUGGUGGACAUCGUGAAAGCCAUGCGCUGGAACUACGUCUCCACCGUAGCUUCGGAGGGAAACUACGGAGAAAGCGGCGUCGAUGCGUUCAUUCAAAAGUCCCGAGAGGACGGUGGCCUGUGCAUUUCCCAGUCAGUGAAAAUACCACGUGAGCCCAGAGCUGGAGAGUUCGACAAGAUUAUUCGCAGGCUGAGUGAGAACCCCAACGCCCGAGUAGUCAUUAUCUUUGCCAACGAGGACGACAUCAGGCGGCUCCUUCAAGCAGCUAAGAAGGCCAACCAAACGGGCCAUUUCAUCUGGGUGGGUUCAGACAGCUGGGGCUCCAAAAUUGCACCAAUACUGAACCAAGAAGAAAUGGCAGAAGGUGCCGUUACCAUCCUACCCAAACGUCAAUCCAUCAAAGGAUUCGAUCGCUACUUCAUCAGCCGAACACUUGAGAACAACAGAAGGAACAUCUGGUUUGCAGAGUUUUGGGAGAAUAACUUCCAAUGUAAGCUGAGUCGGCACGCUGUCAAGAAAGGAUCUGGCAUCAAAAAGUGUACAAAUCACGAGCGGAUCGGCAAAGAUUCAUCGUACGAGCAGGAGGGGAAGGUGCAGUUUGUGAUCGAUGCUGUGUACGCCAUGGCUCACGCUCUACACAACAUGCACAAAGACCUCUGCCCCGGGAAAGUUGGUCUCUGCUCCAGGAUGGAGACCAUCAAUGGAACACUGCUGCUCAAGUAUAUCCGCAAUGUCAACUUCACAGGAAUUGCUGGCACUCCGGUGAUCUUCAACGUGAACGGAGAUGCUCCUGGUCGCUACGAAAUCUACCAAUAUCAGAUCACAAAUAACACCACGGAAUACAAGAUCAUUGGUCACUGGACAGAUCAGCUCCACUUAGACAUCAAUGAGAUGCAGUGGCCUGGUGGGUCACAAGAGGUCCCCUCCUCUAUAUGCAGCCAACCCUGCCGUCCUGGGCAGCGCAAGAAGACAGUGAAGGGAAUUCCAUGCUGUUGGCACUGCGAGAACUGUGACGGUUACCAGUAUCAGGCAGAUACGUACACCUGCAAGAUGUGCCGCUUUGACUUGCGCCCCAACGUGAACCACACCGGCUGUGUUCCCAUUCCCAUUGUCAAGCUGGAGUGGAGCUCCCCUUGGGCAGUCAUCCCUGUCCUCAUUGCUGUCUUCGGCAUCAUGGCCACUCUGUUAGUGGUUGCCACCUUCGUUCGCUACAACGACACGCCCAUCGUUAAGGCGUCGGGUCGAGAGCUGAGUUACGUGCUGCUGACGGGCAUCUUUCUGUGCUACGCUACGACGUUCCUGAUGAUCUCCACUCCCGACGUGGUCAUAUGCUCACUGCGGAGGAUUUUCCUGGGCCUGGGUAUGAGCAUAAGCUAUGCAGCACUGCUCACCAAGACGAAUCGGAUCUACAGGAUUUUUGAGCAAGGAAAGAUGUCAGUCAGCGCCCCUCGAUUCAUCUCCCCCGCCUCCCAGUUGGUGAUCACCUUCAGCCUGAUAUCAGUGCAGCUCCUCGGAGUGUGCAUCUGGUUUGGCGUUGACCCAUCACAAGCCAUCAUCGACUACGAGGACCAGCGCACCUCUAAUCCUGUAAUGGCCCGUGGCGUUUUGAAAUGCGAUAUAUCAGACCUGUCUCUUAUCUGUCUGCUGGGCUACAGCAUGCUGCUGAUGGUCACCUGCACAGUUUACGCCAUCAAGACGAGAGGGGUCCCGGAAACGUUCAACGAGGCCAAGCCCAUCGGCUUCACCAUGUACACCACCUGCAUUGUAUGGCUGGCCUUCAUCCCCAUCUUCUUUGGGACCUCACAAUCAGCAGAAAAGAUGUACAUCCAGACAACAACCCUGACCAUCUCUGUCAGUCUCAGUGCGUCCGUCUCCCUGGGAAUGCUCUACAUGCCUAAGGUCUACGUGGUCCUCUUCCAUCCAGAGCAGAACGUACCCAAGCGCAAGCGCAGCCUGAAGGCUGUGGUCACUGCAGCCACCAUGUCCAACAAGUUCAACCCCAAAGGCGGCCUGAGGCCCAACGGAGAGGCCAAGUCUGAACUCUGCGAAAGCCUUGAAACACAAGACUGUGUUGAGGGAGGGGAGCCUUGUGAGGGACUUUAGACACUCAGUGUUGGCCUCCAAGCAAACAUACAUAAGCUACAGUAACCAUGCCAUCUAAGACAGAGAUGAACCGUGGACGGGGAUCAAAGGCCCGGCUGAGGAGGAACCACCUGAUUCUGGGGCAAACUGGGGGAAAAUACUGGAGAACUGUCAAGCUGCAGCGGCAGAGAGGACUGGGGUGGAAAGAUGGGAAUUUGUCACUCCAAAGGAUGUCAUAUUUUUCUAGGGAAUCAGGUAAAGGCUUAAAUGCCAAAUUUAUGGGGAACUAAUAGAUUGCAGUAGAGAUGGGAGAUGUAAAGGAGCUUGGACAGUUAAUUUUCCUCUUCCCACCCUUCCUUCCUGAGACACGUGUGAGUCUUGAUCAGUGACGUGUCCAGACGCAGGCUGAGUGAACCACCUGGAGCCUACAGUGUGUGUUUUAGUUUUUUUGUUUUUUUGCUCUCUGAAGUGUAUAGCACAUAACUUCAGUUCUCUCUGAGGCUGAAUUGUUCCUCUUAUUUAAGAAAAAAAACAACAAAAAAACAGGGAAAAAGUGUUUUUUGUCAAAUGCAGUUGAAGAAUGAAACAGUAUAAAAAUAGAGUAAUUAUUUUUGGUUACAGUUUUCACUGGAGUGGAAAGCUGCAGUACUCUUCAAACUGUACAUGCCUUACUACCGUACAUUCAGUAUUCCUAUGUGAACUAAUCAUAUCUGAAACACCUGAAAAAUAAAGCAGUGGGUCACCCCAGUUGUUUCUAAACGUUUCAUAAUAAUGAUGACGACGCCAUCGUCUUGGCAAACCUAGUGUACAGUCCCAGAGCAUGCUUAUGGGAGCAUCACGUGUACUGUGCUGUGUUGUCGACGUCUAUGGAAUGCGACAUUUGUCAUGGUUGUCAUUCACAGUGGAGAUGUCAUUUUGGACUGUUGCCUGCUGGGUUACCCUCUGCUGGAGAGAAAAAAAUAAUAAAAAAAAGUAAUCAAACACAAAAGGAGCCAAACUUGACACAAACUGGAAUGACUUUAUGGUUUUCAUCUCACUCCAUAUGUGUAUAUCAGUCAGGACUUGGAGACUUGACGGUGGGUAUUUUAACAUCCCAGACUUAUUGGCCCUUAUUUAUCAUGCACUUGUUAAAGUCUCUGUAAAGUGGUCAUAUAAUUGUUAAAAUUUCUUUCUGAGACACUAAAUGCAGGUUGAUGAAACGCUCAAUAUUUUACCUCCUGAGACUAAUAUGACGUUUUAGGUUUUAUUGCAGUUUGUUAUUCUGCUUCAUUUAAACCCAUUGUCCUUGUUAGUGGGCGCUUUAGUCUGACACCUAGCAGUAGCAAAGGGUCAAUACAGUAGUCAGUAAAAACACGAUCGCGGGCAUUUCAUCGGACUCAUUCUUCAGACAAUCACAGGACAAAAGUGGACGAGGAACAAAACCCCAUCAAAUUAUACAGUUAAAACUCAUUUAUUUAUGCUUAUUAACAUUUGAAGUUUGACGUGACCCGCAAACUUAACAAAUUUUAUCGAUAGCAACGAGCUACAACUUCGCUAAUUAGCAAGAACUUGUUUGAGGACGUUGGAACUUCAUUGUUCACAAUUCUGGUUUUGCUCAGCUAUGUUCAGGUAUUCAAAUAAAGAGUUCUAUAUUUUGUAACACAUUGCUAAAAAUAUAUAUAUACACACAUAUACAUAUAUACACACAUAUAUACACACACAU